AUGGGCUGCUGUGCAGAAAGACCAUCAGUUGAAAAAACAAUUGAGAAUAAAGACACAUUCAAAGCAAGAAUUAAUAAACAAUUUAAUAAACAAAAAAAGACAGAGAAAUAUGAAUUCAAAGGUGAAAGCAAGGAAGAUCUUUUGAUCUCGAUUGCAGUGAAUCAUAAGAUUCUCAACAAUGUAAUAUUUAUUUAGAAAUUAAAACAAAGUAAAGGGAAAGAAAGUAAACCCCAAGGUCUAUCUAUGAGUCGGAGAUGCACAAGGUCAUCAGUAUCAACUAACUAA